AGAAACAUCAACAAACAAAAAAAGACCUUAGAAAACAGUAAUAAAAAAUGGAGGGAGGUGUGGGGUGAGGACAGCAGUGGUGGUAUUUUGCAGGAGGAGAGAGAAGACUGGCUCACACCUGAUUGUGAACAGUACUGGCUUCUGGAUCAAUCAGGCAACUAACUGAUGGUAUUUUUUUUUUUAAUUUCUUUGCAGGACACGAAGAAGCACCUCAUGAUUAGCCUGUCAGCAUAAUGACAACUAUAAACAGGACCAAUGAAACAAUUAUAAAAUGCAAAGUUGACAGACAACGUCUCCUGAAAGAGAUCAAUGAAAAGCGUGAGUCCAACUGCUUGGUGGAAAGAAGCAAUCAAGUCAGCUUACUGAGAGCUCAGCGGAGGCACUUCAGUUGUGCCUAUAAGUGCCAUAUUCAUUCCCAAACCAAAGAACCUGUGCCCGACAGUGGCAGGAGCUCCUGGGUCAAACUGAGUCUCCUUGCUCACAUAGAGAAGAGGCACUUUCCAUCAAAAAAUAAUGCCAUAUUUGGAUAAAGUGCAUCCCCAGAGACACACCAAAAUUCCAGCUCUUUAUCCUUCUUCAGUAUCUAUCUGAAUUAUUUACAAAUAUUAAUUAUAAAAGAAGCCAAAAGUAUUUGCUAGUUCACCAAAGAAAUAUUUUGUUAAGUCAUAUAACAAGUAUUACAUCUUCAUUAAUUUCAUUCUAUUAGUCAUAUUUUUGAAGGGAUGGUUUUUGUUAUUAAAGAUACU